GCUGCGAUCACUCUUGAAUUCUGGUGACAGAAUCAACCGAACUCCGAUACUCAUAAAUAUUCAACACAAAAUAACAAACCUCAAAGAAGCUAUCAAGAUGUCUCUCCGCAUCGUCCCAGAGUCCAACCCCUCCUCCUCCUUCACCCAUCAGCCCUCCCGCGCCCAUGUUGCUCCAUCAGCACCUGGUCUUCACGACACACUUCGCGCUGGUGUCGGCGCCAACCCCCUCACAACUCCCGCGACCCAAGCCAUCUCCGCCCACCCUCUCGAGGCCCGCUUAAAACAGUGGGAGGCCACCCGCGAGCAGCUCAAGAUGGAGACACUCCGUCGCACAUAUGGCAUUGCCGAGCCAGUCCGCAGAGGCAUGGAGCUCAAGAUCGCUCGUGAAGGAACAUGGAAGCCCCUGUGCCUGGGCGGCAACAGCACACCUAGCAUUCACGAAGAGAUCUUGACUGGACGGGACGGCAUUAUUGAAUGGGAGGAUGUAUUUACUGGGGAGGAGAACGGAGCGAACAUCGGUGUGCACGAGGAGAUCGAGCGCAAGGUGAAGAUGUAAAGCGGAGAUUUUGUCAGGAAGUGGGAGGCUCGGACGGCAAGUAGGAGAGGAGUAGAUGGGGGGAAGGGAAGUAUUACGAAUCA